UCUGUCACAGCGCAGCGCACCGCGCUACGUCACAUCGCCUCACCACUCGCGGACCGUUUCUCCCGCCCGCCGACAGCCCGUAGCCACUGCGCUCGAAGACUCCACAAGCGACGGCAGCAAUGGCUCUCACGCAGGCGGUGUCAGCGAGGAGGCUGGCCUUAGUGUGGGUGGCGGCGGCGCUGCUGUGCGGCCUGGUAUUGGGAGCGCCCGCUGCCUCGGACGACGACUACACUGACGAGAACAGGCCCUACGAGUUCGGAUUCGUCAUCGAGGGGCAGCAGCACCGCCACGAGAAGAAAGAUGAGAGAGGCAUCAUCAUGGGGGAGUUCGGCUUCAUCACGGCAGACGGAGUCUACCACGUGACGGUGUACGCCACGGACGAGAAUGGGGACUUCAAGAUCAUCAGCAUGAAGAACAUUCGCCUCGGACCGCCUCUGGACCAGAUGCGGACGGCGCCGCGCGCCAGCACGACAACGCGGCCUGUGACGCAGCCGCCGGCAGCAGCGACGCGCACCUCGACGCCCCCCGCAGCCCCCGGCUCCACCAGGACGGCGGCCAGGCUCGACGGCGUCAACGGCUGCAGCGGCUGCCUCAUCCCCACCACCACGGCAGCUGCGCCUCCGGCCAUCGGCUCUGAGUUGCAGCCUCCGUUCGUUGGAGGUCCUCCAUCCGCUGGAGCACUUGGAAGACCUAGUCCCGCAUCUGUUGGAACACUUGGACUACCUGGAGGCGUCGGCGGUGGUUUCAGCACUGGAGACAGAACUGCCAGUGGCUUCGGUGGUGGUCAAGGCGGCGGAGCCGGAGGCGGCGUCCGAGAUCGCAUUGGGGGUGGCAUCGCAAAUCGUACUGGUGGGAGCUUCGGAGGUGGGGCUCCAGGUAGUGCUGUAGGCGGCGGCGUCGGCAUCACUAGGGCUCCGGUGGCAGGUGGCAGUGCCGGUAGCUUUGGGGGCGGUGCUGGAGGUGCUGGGAGCGUCGACAGAGGAGGCGGUGUGACUGGCUUCGGAGGGCAGCGCCCUGGCCUGCCAGGGCAGCCAACUGUCGGCACGGCAGCUCAGCCCGACAGACCUUCCCAACCAGUGGGGCAGCAGCCGGCGUUCGGAGCGCGACCCUUCGCCGUCCCAGCACAAACGCCCUCGGGAGUUGGCGGCGCUCCUGGCCAGCCGGGUGCAGGCCCAGUUUCCGCUCGGCCAGGGCCGCAGACCGCUGGUGCCCCAUUUGGAACCGCCGGUGCCCCAUUUGGAGGUGAGGCUUCGCCUCCCGGCACUCGGCAGCAGACCGGUGAGCGCCCGACAGCGUUCGGUGGGCGGCCGUCCUCCGUCCCUGGAGCUGCCGGUGGUGGCAUCCGAGCCCCGAGUGGCGGAUUGGGUGUUCCGCCUGGAGAGCCCGUCAGGGACGGACUCCCGCCGGGAGUCACCAUGCAGGACGUUAUGGAUGCCCUGCUCUACAGGUUCAACUACACGCUGCCGUACCACGGCCACAACGAGGAGGGCUACCGCAGCGGCAACAAGGUGGGCGGCUACUUCGCGGACGGCCGCGACGGCGUCGGCCGCAACGUCAAGUACCUGGCUAACGAGUUCGGCUACCAGCCCAACAUCACGCUGGUCGACCUGCGGCCCGGCCAGGCCCACACCGAGGAGGAUGAGCGCAACGCGCCUCUGCUCGGGUACAAGUUCGAGUGGCUCUACUGAGCGCCCCUCCAAGCAGCCGCUCUCACUGCAGGACACUGCCGCAGACAGCGCUCCAUACAACCCCAUUCACCGUAGCUACAUUAAAAUUGCAGAUGCGUUCUAUCUGCACGUAUUUCUACUUUAGAGUAUCAACCCACCAUUCCCACGGAGCGUUUCACAAUUCAUGUUACACAUUUCUAAAGGCAACUUAGUAGAUCAAGUUUUACCUAGGAAGUCAUGUCCGGAAAUGCCCACCCGGUUGGCCGUGCUGUCUAACGCAUGGCUUUCCGGGAGGGAAGGAGCGCCUGGUCCCCGGCGGAUUUGUGUCGAGGUCCGGUGAACCGGCCAGUCUGUGGAUGGUUUUUAGGCGGUUUUCCUCGGUGAAUGCGGGCUGGUUCCCCUUGCUCCUCCUCAGUUACACUAUGUCGGCGAUUGCUGCGCAAACAAGAUCUCCACGUACGCGUACACCACCAUUACUCUACCACGCAAACAUAGGGGUUACACUCGGCUGGUGUGAGACGUUCCCUUGUGGGUCCACCGGGGGCCGAACCGCACAAUAACCCUGCGUUCGGUGUGGGACGGCGGAGGGGUGAAGUGGACUACGGUAGUCGUCGCGGGGUUGCGGACCAAUGCGUCUGCGACGGGGACGGAGUCACUCCUUCGUUUCUAGGUCCCCGGUUAACUUACAAUACAAUACAUGUCCGGAAACGUCAAAGUUAUAGACACCGGCACCUGUAAAUGUGUGUACGUACAUAGUGAUUCGGUGGUGAUGUAACCAACUUUUUAGGAUGAUGGGAAAGAUAAAUGUGUCAGUCUGAGGUAAGUGUCUAAAGGUACAUGGGAAAAUCAUUCUGAUACCUCUGGGAUUGGAAAAACAUGUACAGAUAUUGUUGUUGCUAAGAUUAUAGAGUAGACCACUUUCAGAGGUCGUACCAUGGACCAAAACAAGUAAAAAAAGUCCAGUAAACGUGGUCAUUGAAAUUCAUUUCCGAGAACCUAUGAGAACUUGUUCAUCUUCACGACUGUGAAAUACCUGUCCUCUUUUGAACAAGUGCUCAAACUCUUAAGGAAUGCAUUUUUGACCUCAUGUGUACUGGAGGUUUUUCUUGUACCUAGGAAAGUUGCCUACCCUACAAUCUUCGCAACAAUUUUACAGGUACAUGUAUUACAUUGACAAGGGUAUCAAAAAGGUUUUCCCCUAUAACUUUCGACGCGUUCGUUUCCGGUACAGGGACCUUCACAUCAAAGUGAUGCAUUUUUCAUUCUGCGUCAUCCUAGAAAGUUUGUAACAUCAUCACAGAAUAAUUAUGUGCAGGUAUACAUUUACAGGAGCCUGCGUUUAACUUUGGCACUCUGUAGCGUCGUCGGAUGACGUUUCCGGACGUGGGUUCCCAUGUGAUACUUGAACUAUUGAGUCCCCUCUACAACCUCUAGAAGUGUGUAAAAUGAAUUCUGAAACAUCCUGUAGAAUACCACAACUUUUCAUUGUUUUUCUCUGCCUAUCACCCGUAUUUCUAACGGUUGUUGUCCAACCAUAUUAUACAGUAUCACACGCCAUAACAUGACGAAUUAUCUUAAAUGUUUAAUCAUCACUUCGAAAGGUAAAGUUAGGCAAUUAACUUUUCUUUGUUUGCAGUUACGUGUCUGUCAUCCUGACACAUCGAAAUCUUGGCGCCAUAGUACCCUAGAACGCCUAGUGUAUCCAAAACAUAUCGGCGCAGCACACUGAUAUAGUGGAGUAUCGUGCGAUAAUUCGUUUUCGGCAUUUGAAGCGAAACAACACUGCAAUGGAAAAAUUGCGUCAAGGUUUUCGUAGACGUCUGGAUGGGCCUAAGACAAUGAAACAUUUCUGCUGCAGUCGAAAACGAAUUACCACGCGAUACUCCACUGAAUCAAUGGUCCGCGCCAUUUGGUCUAGCCUGCUCUGUGGUGCAAGACUACUACGGUGCAGACUGUACCUGCAAACAAGCAAAUAUUUAAUUACAUAACUUCAUGAAUACCCUUCGUAUAGUGACUUUGAUAUCAGUCUUGUGACUGGUUUCGUGCAAUUCUCUACACCUCCUCCUUCUUUGACAGACUCUUCGUCACUUAGUAGCAAUUACAACAAAUAUAAUGAAUUAUUUCUUGUAUAUAUUCGAAUCUCUCUCCCUUCCUAUAAUAUUUCCCUUUGUUGUCCCCUCUACCAACAAGCAAAUUAUUCCAUGCCCUAACAUUCUUGUUAUAGUUAUAUUUUUUUCCAUAUAGUCCUAUCCUCGUCGAUUUGCGCAGAAUCGCCACAUUUCUUACCUCAUCAUCUUCAUCAUCAUCAUCAUCAUUAUCACCGUCUUCAUCGUCGUCAUCGGGGCUGCUUUCAGCUGGCCAGGUAGGAUGUUACCUAAGCAAUUUGCCUCCACCUCCUACUAUUGCAGGAUUUCCUUUCUCACCACGGCAUCUUAUUGUCUUUACUUUCCCUUCAGCGCCUUCUUUAAUCUCGACGAGCAACCUCUUUCAUGGACGUCCAACUUGUUUUGUCUUGGCACGUUCCUUUCCACCUACUAAUGUGGGUAUACGAUGGUGUGCAUCCGCGUUGAGCUUCCUAUAGCUAAUUCCAUGGUCUACAGUAACUAACCUACCAGACCGGCUAUUUUCAGCCUCCUUCAGUAUUACCAGAUAUCAAAUGCGCGGAUUAACUUCUCUUCAUAGUCCACUUCCUUACUUACAGUUAACUCAUCUCACCACCUUCCAUUCCAUCGACGAAUCCAAUGUCUCUACGCUCUCACUUUCUUGCUGUAUUACCAUUCGAAUUUCACCACACUGUCAAAAUAUUUUCUCAGAAACUCAAUGAGCAUUGCUAGAGUACACGUUCCUUUCUUUUCAUAUGUUUACCACUGCGUUGCUCCACAAUGAAUCUUUCACCUUGCAGGAGUGUGUGUGUGUGUGUGUGUGUGUGUGUGUGUGUGUGUGUAUUUUUUAGAGAGAGAGAGAACUUUCAUGCUAUAAUGAAACUUUAUAAGACGGGAAAACCGUGAGCUGAGUCGGGUUUCGAAUCGUAAACUUAACCAUUGGCCGACAAGGUUCUUCAUCACUGAACAACUCAGGCACGCCUCGCGAAACGUUUCAAGGAUUCAGUACCAGUACCAGUAACAUUUACCAAAUUACCCAAUGCCACAGGAUCUCUCCUACGCUCUUGAAAAAAGUGAUCUCGUGGAGCAUGUGUUAGCCAGACCCCGAUGAUUGGUUCCAGGAUGGUUCUUUCACACUGGCAACGAAUGUACGCUGCAAAAAAUUCAGAACAAGGACAAGUUAUAGAUCCUUUCACGUAAUCAAUUUAAGUUUGCAGUAAACGCAGAUAAUGGUCUACACUUCGCUACACAGUGAAAGAUUAAAUUUCCAAACAAGAAUAGCAUUCGUGCCAUUUCCUGUCCCUUAGGAUUGCUAGUCAAAGAAUGCUUGGUGUCUUUAGAUAUUACGAGAUAUGUGCUGGAAGACUGUGCAACUGAAGAGUGCCUGGUUGGAGUACUUUCUUGUUGCUAAAAAUUUUUCGUUCUUUUCUGAAAAGAGGUUCAUUUCAUUAUCAAUUUAACAACUUUGACUUCAAAGUAGCUUUUUUGCUCACUACUAAUUACAAAAUGCUACACUCGGUAACCCGUCUUUAUACAAGCAUUAUCUCCAAUUUUUCUUGUUACUCUCGCUUAUAAAUAAUUUAAAGAUUCCCUCGUAUCAUAUCUAAUUACCUGUAUGGAGAGGGAAAACGCUCUAAGACUUCGAUAAGUACAAAGGCCACUCCUUGUUUUAAAAGCUAUUGCUAUUUUAUUUCAUUUCAUGUGGACUGCCCUGUGUUCACUACACUUUUGUGUUCGCAGAAAUUAUAAAUCUGCAAGAAUACAGACUUUACACCAAAUCUACAAGAAAGCUUAGAGCAAGAGACGUUGUCUUGCUCUCCAGCUUUGGUAAACACGAAUCAUUUGUUGAUAUGAUGAUACUGAAAACAAUGUAAAUGAAAUAUACUGUACAUUUGUAUAUUUAAAAAUGUAAUAAAUCUCUUUUGUACUAAA